AUGUGUCUCGCUUGUUUCAAGUUCUGGCACAAGGACAAAACAAGAGAUGUCUCCUCAGCUCAUUCGGCUCAGCCGUCCAAUUCUCUGUCGGCAUCCGAUUCUCUGUCGGCAUCCAAAGCUCUGCCGACAGACAGCCUACAGGAGCGCCUGUGGAUUGAGGCAUAUCAUGCCCUUGAGGCCGAGGAAAAAAGUAUGGUGGAAGCAUACGAAGAACUCCUUGUCCACAGGCUUAAGAAUAUCAGCGGCGAUUCCGGUUUCUUGGGAAGCCCCCAAAUCACUCCUGAAACACUGAAAACGCCAGACCAGUUGAAGAGAUUUGUCGACGCCGGGCUCGAAGAGUCGAAGAAGAUUGCAGCCGUCAAGAAGAACAUUGAGAAAUUCAAUCAAAUCUUUUUGCCAGUAAAAGAAGUGAUGAACGUUGUCGUUCUGACGGCUCCGCAGGCCGCUAUCCCAUGGUCUUGCGUCUCUUUCUCUCUCCAGAUCCUUGCAAACCCUUUGACGGAGUCCAGUAUCAACCGUGAAGGCAUCACAUACGUUUUGUCGACUAUGGAUUGGUACUGCAAUCUCGUUAAGCUUCUUAUCGAUGGCGAGGAUCGGUCGAAGAAGCUCAGAGAUGAACUCGAGAAACAAAUUGUCGAGCUGUACAAAAAGCUUCUCCUGUACCAAAUGAAGAGCGUCUGUCGUUACUACAGGUCUCAGAUCCUAGUCUUACUUGGAGAUGUCUUCAAAAUCGAUGACUGGACGGGAGAACUCACUGGUGUUAAGGAAGCCGAGGAUCAGGUGCGGGCCAGGCUCGGCCAGUAUCAGGACUCGUCGAUUUGUGACUCGCUCAAAACCCUGGCUGGUGCCAUGCAGCAUCAAACCAACCAAAUUCAAGAUCUGUCAUCCUUGACUCAGAGGCAGACUCAAGCGCAACAAGACAGAGACAAGCGCCAGGAAAGGGAAAAUUGCCUGAUUGACUUCCGUCAGAAAGUUGACCCCCAUCACGAAAAGGACCGUAUACAGAUCGAAAAAGGGGGACUUCUUCGAGAUGCUUACUCUUGGGUCCUGGAUCACGAAAGUUACCAGAGAUGGCACAAGGAAACUCGUCACAAGAUACUAUGGAUCAAAGGCGAUCCGGGUAAGGGGAAAACCAUGCUCUUAUGCGGCAUCAUCGACGAACUAGAGACGGACCCUACUCACACCCUAUCAUAUUUCUUCUGUCAAGCCACCGAGACGACACUCAACAGUGCCACUGCUGUGCUACGAGGGCUUAUCUAUGGACUUGCAAAGAGAUAUCCGCAGGUCGAUCGGUAUAUCUACGAAAAAUACAAAGAUGGCGGCGGAAAGGCGGCAUUUGAAGGAGAUAGCGCAUGGGGAGUGAUGUGUGGUAUUCUGAAAGCCAUACUGGACGAUCCAAUGAUGAAUGGUGUGCUGUUGAUCGUGGAUGCUCUCGACGAAUGCGUGGAAGGUCGCCAGAAGCUUUUGGAUUUCAUUUGCGAGAGAUCAAACGAUUCUCGUGCCAAGUGGAUCGUGUCAAGCCGCAAUUGGCUGGAAAUCGAGACAAACCUCGAGAGGAUUACGGAACGCACGUCAGCACUGUCCCUGGAGUUGAACAGAGAUCUCGUUGCCCAUGCUGUUCGCACGUACAUUCGAAGAAGGGUAGACAAGCUUGCUGAGAAACAACCUUACCAUGAUGACCUCGAACUCCGCAACCAUGUCCAACAGUACCUCAACGAAAAUUCGAGCGACACAUUCUUAUGGGUGGCGUUGGUCUGCGAUGCGCUUCGCCAAGACAACAUCCUAAGACGAGCCCACGUCAUCGGACCGAAAGGGGUUCUGCAAACGUUCCCUAAAGGGCUCGACAAGCUAUACAAGCGCAUGUUCCAGUACAUUUCUGGUACUAUGGAUGCAGAUCUAUGCAAAGAUGUUUUGGCCGUCACUUCGAUACUGGAACGCUCUGUCACAUCUCUUGAACUUUCCUCCAUCAUGGGGCUGUCGCAACAUUUCGACGGUCAAGUUGAGACUUUGCAAGAUGCUGUGCGAUGUUGUGGUUCUUUCUUGAGUCUUCGGGAUGGAACUGUCUAUUUCGUGCACCAGUCAGCCCAAGACUUUCUACUCAACAAGGAGGAGGACGCCUUUGACUCUAUAUUCCCGGACGGAGUCGAGAGCGUGCAUUGGGCCGUAGGUUUGAGAUCGAUGGAUGCCAUCUCCAAGGUCAUACACCGCAACAUCUAUGAGCUACAAGAUGGAUGCAUGGCCCGAAAGGAUAUCGUCGGGCCUAAACCGAAUCUCUUGGCCUCUGUUGCAUAUUCUUGCGCUUAUCGGAUGAAACAUCUGGGAGAAUCAAACACUGCGAGUUACAUCAAAGACCCUAAGGCUGUCAAUGAGUUUCUUCGAACCAAGUUUCUUUACUGGCUCGAGGCCCUCGCUCUCCUCGGUGAGCUGUCGCAAGCAGUGCAAGGCAUACAGAGGCUUCAGAGUGUGAUUGUGAGUCAGACUGCAAUUUUUGAUGACAUAGGUUCCCAAGCUAAUCGCAUAUCAGAGAGCAAAGCCAAGCUUGAAAGACCAAAGUCUAGCAGACCUAGUCCAUGA